CUGCCACGGCUCCCCCGCCCCUCCGGGUAUCAAUUUAGAGGCGGGAAACGGGUCCGGUUCUGAGGCGGCGUUGGCUGGUCCUCCGCGGUGGCUCUUCGGCCGAGCCAGUAUGGAGAAGCAAUCCGAGGACCCCGCCGCCGCCGAGCCCGCGUCCUCCGGAGAGGAAGGCGGGGAAGGUGGGCCGCCGCAAGUCGCCGGCGCCCAGGCCGCUUGUCCCGAGGACCGCGUGAGCCUGUUGCUCAGGCUGAGAGCACAGACGAAACAACAACUCUUGGAAUAUAAAUCAAUGAUUGAUGCAAAUGAAGAAAAAACUCCAGAACAAAUGAUGCAAGAAAAGCAAAUUGAAGCUAAAAUUGAAGACCAGGAAGCUGAAAUUGAAGAGGUGAAAAUUGCUGUGGAAAUGAAAAAGCUUGCAUUAGACAGGAUGCAACUUUCAACUGCACUGAAAAAAAACCUGGAGAAAACUGACACCAAGACUAGUGUGCUCAUGGAUCACAUGAAACAUGUAUUAAAGCUAAAUAAAUUAAUAAUGAAAUCACAGCAGGAAUCUUGGGAUUUGGAGGAAAAAUUGCUUGAUGUUAGGAAGAAGAGAUUGCAAUUAAAACAAGCUUCAGAAAGUAAGCUUUUAGAAAUACAGACUGAAAAGAACAAACAGAAAGAUGAUUUGGACAGUAUGGAAAAUUCAGACAAGAUAAAAACCAUACAACAAAACCUACAGAUGGAGAUACAGAUUACUACAGUUAUUCAACAUGUGUUCCAGAACCUCAUCUUGGGGAGUAAAGCCAAUUGGGCAGAGGAUUCUGCCUUUAAAGAAACUGUUCUGCAGCUUGAGAAGAAUCUCACCAUGAUCUAAUAAGAAUUCUAUUUUGGCAUUUUUUGUUUCUGUCUUUGAUGUGUCAUUUAAAUAGCAAAUUUCAAGUCAAAUGUUUUUUCACUGUUUUUGGAAUUAUUCUAAUAUUGCUUUCUUUUUUUCGCUUGAGUUAACACUACAACAUGGAAUCUGUUGUUUGAAAUAUGAUAAUUAAAGUGAUUGGCAUACUCUAAAA